GGCGGAGUCAAACAGCUGGAUACUCUGGAGUGUCUCGUGGCGGCGAUGCAGCGAGUCUGCCUGAGCGCGAGCUUUCCGCUACUCCUCCUGUUGAAGGCGAUAAACGAGCUAGAGGGACCGCAAUUUGUUGGGAAAGUAAAUCUAGGAAUUGAUAUUAAGAAAAUAGGGAAACACCGUAUUCCCCGGGUCCAGUGUGGAAUCGUACCAGAGGUGUGGAGAACAGGUCGGCGUACUCAAAGUUACCGAAGAAACAGUAAAAACUCGCUAGCAGACAGAGGCAGAAGCUAAAAGGACACAUCUGUCCUGUCAGCAUCUACCAUCCUCCAUCUUCAAGAAAAUGAAUCAGUUGGUGGCAGUGCAGAUGUCAGUCACACUCAGUUAAAUGUUAGUACUACUUGAGCAGAUAUCGCUCGGCUGGCCGAAGAGGAAAAAGAAGAAAGGGGCUGUUCGAGGUGCUGGAAGAUGUCUGUCUGGAUGAUACUGCCUGUUAGCCUCCCAGUUCUGACCAUCACUGGGAUAUGGGUUGUUUACGCCAUGGCCCUGUACAACCAACAUGUCUGCCCUGUGGAUAACUGGUUGUACAACCAGUCAUGUGAAGAAGAGCUGUAUUUGCAGAGCGGGCCAACCUUGUGCUGCACGCUAGACAAUGUACCUCUCAUCAGUAAAUGUGGGACUCUUCCCCCUGAGAGCUGCUUCUUCAGCCUUAUCUGCAGCACAGGCUCAUUCAUGGUUAUGGUGAUUGUGCUGUUCCGUUAUGCCCACGUCAUUGAGAAGCACCAAAACUGUGUUCUCAACACGGCGAGUCUCUCCACGGGCUGGAUCUGUGCCGCUGGACUCAUCAUGGUGGGCAACUUCCAGGUGGAUAAUGCCAAAGUUCUCCACUAUGUCGGAGCAGGCAUUGCCUUCCCCACCAGUAUGCUAUUUGUGUGCCUGCAGUCAGCGCUGACUUACCGGCUGGCCAAGACCCAGGGGGAGUACAACGUGGCCCACCUCCGGCUCUGCAUGACCCUGCUGGCGUUGGUAGCCUUGGUGCUCAGCGGUGUGUUUUUCUGUCAGGAGAGCUUCGUCCUGCAACACGCAUCAGCCAUCUUUGAAUGGGUGUUCUGCGUCAUCAUCAUGCUGUUUUACGGGACAUUUGCUUUUGAGUUUGCCAGCAUGUCAGGAGAUACCAUGGCGGUGCUGGCUAGAGGAGGGGCCCUGGGACCUGCUGGGCGAGAACACAAGGUGGACGCGCUGGGAGGGCCCGGUCCACACUCACAGCUACAUCCACACCAACCUGAAAACAUGUCCAUACUGUAGCCCGCUGGCACAUCUUGAUGCCACACAGUUGGCUUGUUUAUUCCUUUCAAAUUGUGGUUGUCAAAUGAGUUUAAUUCAUUUCCAGCCACAUUCGUCUGAAGCUUUGAAAUGAACCAGGCCAGUGCAGUCGCCAUUUCACGGCAGAGUGGAUUCUUGUAUUUCAACCACAGGGGCGUAGAUCUGCUGCCACUUUGGAGAACUCAUCUUGUAUUGUGCUCACAUCAGAGCUCGGCGUCUCUAAAAAACUUGCAUUUUGCACAUCGCACAAGUGUGAAACCAAAUUUUUUCCCCAACUCAGUCCUGUCCUCGGUGAGCAGCAGAGGAGUAUUUUGUCAAUCAGAUCAAGAAAAUGUACUUUCCCCCCUGAGAUCCUGUAACCUGUCCCAGUAAGUGGCCUUGGACCAUUUCCACUUCAGGUGACUGCUGUGUUGCUUUCAUUGUACAUAACGGAGUGAAGGCUGCUGGACGGCCUAGCUGACAGUAUUUUAGUUGGGAGAGAGAGAGAGAGAGAGAGAGAAGAUGGUGUGCGAAUGUUACAGUAGGAGCAGGGUCAAAUUGGAUGCUUGUUUUCCCACUAGAGAAUGGAUGAAUGCAAUAAAUGAAAAGAAAAGGUUUGUCAAAUAGAAGUAUGUAAAUGUUUCAGUCAAUCCUUGAGAUAGAACAGGGCAGCGGUUUGCAUUUUGCAAUCAUUUAAACCUGCAUUAACAGUAUUUUUGACCUUAACAAAUAAAAUGAUUGUCCUUCAUAGUACAGGAUCCCCUGACAAUUAACACUCUACUCUCAAUUGAUUUUAGCCGACUGUUGGUUAUUCAGCCUGCAUACUCUGAUUUACGCAACCUAGCCAAAGUUAACGAGCUGAUGGGAAAGAAAGUCUUCCAUUUGGCAAGCUCAACACCCAGAUAAUUUCCUCAGGAGUUGGUUAACCAAGGCUAAAAGGAAAUUAAAUAUUGGACUCAUGUGGCCAUUGGGAUAAUAAUGUUGCUCUGUGUCUGCUGGGUGUGCAUGUAGGCACAGACUUUGGCUGUAACAACCCCUGUAAGUUUGUUUUGUGGUCAAAAAUUGCUUAAUGCAGCUUUAAAAUAUGCAACAACUUUACAUCUGCUCAGCAACUCAGCAUGUGCAAGCAAACACUAUUUUUAAAAGUAUCCAUGCGACCCAGCCCACAUUGUGUUUGUGUGUCUGGAAGCUUUGGGUGAUGUGCCAUAUUAUUAUUUUAACUGCAUAGAGAACAUACAUAGACCUAGUGCCUCAUAAAUUCAAACUUUUAUGACUGAGUAUGAAAAAGGUUUCCCUCUCAUUGUUGUCAAUACACUAUAACGACCUUAAACCUCAAUAGUAUUUGCUUUAACUUCCUCUCUGUAAAGACUAUGAAAGGGAGAUGAUACAGUGUCCAGAGGCCAAAUGCGCACCAGCUAAUUAAAGCCAGAGCAGUGGGGUUAUUGAGUUUGAUGACGAAGCAUCACACGUGUCUUCAGGUCCUACGGAUGUAGGUCUGCAUCUCAUUAUUCCCCACCAAGGUGGAGCUCAACAUGCUCAUAUUGCUUUACCUGCUUACUUUUCUCUCUCCAUAGUUGGAGUUUUUUCAGCAUGUCUAACUGGUGUAGCGGGACAAAGGGAAAAGGAAGGAUUUGUAGUGUAAGACAUAACUGAGCUGCACUGUCUUGCCUCUGUGUUACUGUACAGCAGAAUAUACCAAAUAUCAGUUUGCCUGUGGUAUCGGUGCUAAAACACAAAAGGUCUUGUCAUUUCUCCCCCUGAGCUUAGUUGUGAUUAUGAUAACAUCUGAUGAAUGAAAGCCAUACGAUGGAGACAUAGGGUCGACCUCAGCUUCAUUGCUGACUGCUGAUAGUGGAGGAGCAGGGACAGAAGGUUGCAUGCACGCCUGUGAGUGCCAGAAAUACCAAAGUGGAUAUUUGCCACUACCCGACUUGAUGUUUUGAUAUCUGUCAGUGUAGAUUAGCCUCACGGUUGGGUAUAUUUUCCUUUCACUUGGUCCUCUGCGCAGAUAUUCAAAUGUUGAUUCUAUUCAUUUACUGUCUCUGACAUUAUGUGCUGUGUUGUAAUCCAGAUACCCAGAAUUACUGUUUAUAUUUGUAGGAAAUGUUCAACAUCUCAGUGUAACAUUAACGCACUCUGAGUUGUCUGGUGAAAAACCAACAGUAAUGGUCUUGUUUGUAGGCCUUCACACAGAAAAAAUAUCACUCCCUCAAACCAUAUCGUUGUUGGGCAGAGGUUUUGUUAGUGCCAGACCAAGACCAUUCUUCACACACAGUAUGUUACAGAAGGACUGAAAUAUAGUUAUUUUGCUCAGACUGAAUGUAUGAGUACUCUCAACAAGACUGAAGUGAAAAACUUGUGUAUGCUGUACUGUGGAGCAAUCUGGAAGGUCAAAAAACAGCACCAGCCACACCACUGAUCACUUGCUUCUCUCUACUGGUCAAACUGCUUAUUGCACACAAGUUUGUUUUGCAACCAGAGCUGUAAUGUUGCAGCUCAGCUCACAGGAGGUUCUUGUUUUGUACUUGAAAAAUUCUAAAUUGUUUUGUAUCCUCAGCCGACCAUACUCAGUUGGUUACAUGUUUGGGCCAAAUUUGCAUUUGUUUUACUUCUCAAUUUACUAAAACAGUGAAGCUAAGUCAUGAAGAGCACUUGGACCUCUUGACUUUAGUUCAGCAGUGAUCUUCAGAUUGUUUUGCCUGGCAUCACCUGGAAGCUUGGCCUUGUGACCAUGCGCUUUUACAAUAUGCAUUUGUUUCUAACAAAUCACAGAAUCAGAUUGGAUGGAUUUUAAAUGUUAUGUCAAAUGAUGGUGCUGCUCAUUCUGCUCUAGAAAGAAACAUUUUGUCAUUACACAUUUAUAGUGUUUAAUUUUACUUAAUGGUUUAUGCAUGGUGUGAAUCUAUACAUGAAGCCCCCAUUUCUAGUUGAGCACUAUAAAAAUUUGUUAAAUAUUAUGAGAAACUCUUUCAUAUAGAUUCACAUUCUGCAUUGCCUGCUCGGCCUCCCCCUCUACUUCCUGUCCUCUUGUUCUCGUUUACCAAUCAGUCUGAACUUUGCACUCAGGAAAAUGUUACGACACCAGCUACAUUGUUUGAUUCAAAGCAGAAUGAACUCUGCUUGCUUCUGCCUUCAGUUGUCUUUGUUUUAAUGGCAUUCGUUUUUUUCUUAUGAGGAUUCGUUAUGUUUAUUUGUUUUGUUUAGUAUAGGCACAACUGCUUUUUCACAGUUGUAGGUUUGCGGGUUAGUUAUAAUAUAAUAGAUUAUUUUUGUUAAUCAAUAAAGCUUAAAAAUGAACAUUCCUGUCUAGUUAGCUUGUGAGAAUGCAGACGCUGCUCACAUGGUUAAAUCUGCAGUCAGUGGAUCGUUGAUGAGAACAUUCUGACAAACUAACAAGCAGUUGUAAACCUCACAGAAAUCUGUUACUCGAUACUUAAUUCUCAAUGCAAAAUGCUCCCUAUGUGCCUUAUGUAUGAUUUUGGUGAUGAAAACCAAAGAGGUUUAGGUUGUAAGUUCUAUUUUGAUGAAAAGUCAUGUGAUCGUGUUAUGCCUUAAUGUUCAACAAAUAAAAAAAAAUGUAAGUUGCAUCCAAAUUCUGUAAUUGCAAUUUUAUCUUCACCACAUACCUUUAAUCUAGCAUGUUGUAGAAAGGGCCAGACAACAGUUUAUAUCUUUAAUUUUCUUUAUUGUUUAAUUAUUUACAUUGUCCAGUUUCUCUUGCCAACAAAGUUGACAGAAGAUGACCCAGAUCAACACAUUAAAUAGAGGAAAAACCCCCCUUACAAAAACAAUGCGGGCUGUAGAUGACACAGCUCGUUACGCUCACCACAUGACGUUUUGAGGCGAGUACUGUUUACACUUCCUCACACCCAUCAGAAGUGUUUCAGAAGGAAAUAAGAUCAAAUAAUUUGUGUUAAGCAAUGGGGAAAGCUGACUUAAAUUUAUUUUUUGUAAAUGCCCUGUGAAAAAUAUUUUAAUAAACACUCCCUUUUUCCCUCGAAAUACAUGGAGAAGGAUCUCUGCUGUAAUGUAGAGCUGCAGUGUAAGGAGACAACAGAUGUUUUUAGAUAGAGCAAACUUAAGCAAAAUAUCUAAAUGAUAUAGAAGAAGCAGGCUGUAUAAAAUAAGAGAAGUAUUCAGUCAGAUAUUAACGUGGAUUAGCAUAGGCUUAUAAAAGUGGAAAAAUGCAUCAGUAGUCUACUAAAUACUUUAGUCUCAACAGCUUGCAGCUUGGUAAUUCACUACAAAGACAGAAGAGAUCAAGUCAGAGUUACGAAAGAAUUUUAGUUAUUUGCUAAAAAGAGACACAUUCACAGACCCAGUCACAGCAGCAGGCCUGCCCUGCAGGAUAAAAAAACAAAACAAGAAAAAGACUUAAAAAAGAU